AUGUCUACUUCUAUUAUUGCACUCUUAGCCGCGCAAAGACUUAAUGGCGAAAAUUACAAACAAUGGAAGUCAAACCUAAACACUAUUCUCGUGAUAGAUGAUCUUAAGUUCGUCUUGCAAGAGGAUUGUCCUCAAGCUUCUGCGCCUAACGCCACUGUGGCAGUGCGCAUCGCCUAUGACAGGUGGAUCAAGGCCAAUGACAAGGCCAAGGUCUACAUCUUGGCGAGCAUAUCUGAUGUGCUUGCCAAGAAGCACGAGGACACGAUCACCGCUAAGGAGAUCAUGGACUCGUUGCAGAGCAUGUUUGGACAACCGUCCUCACAGGCUCGACAUGAAGCCCUUAAGUUCAUUUACAACUCCCGUAUGAAGGAGGGUUCAUCAGUGCGAGAACACGUUCUCAACCUGAUGGUCCACUUCAACGUGGCUGAGUCAAACGGGGCCGUCAUAGACGAGCAGUAG